ACAGGUGUCUAACUAAUAAUUUUCAAUGCAUUAGUAUUCAUAUUGAAAAGUUCUUCUUCUUAGUUAACCUUAAUAUCCAAGUCAAUAUAUUUCAUUCUUAUUAGACGAAUCAACAUGUUAUCGAUGAAUAGAUAAUCACAACACUAUUCACGGGACGCCAUUUUGUCGUGUCACUUACGUUCGAAACAUUUAGUUGUCAUACAUUGGAGGCACGGAGAACAGAGUGCGCGUUAAAAUGUCGAGUUUGAGUGACGACAUGCGAUUAAUUAUCGAGUUUGUGAAAGAAGUGGAACAACAUCCAUGCUUGUACGAUAACAAACACGCAGAAUAUGGUAUUAAAACCGCUGUCGAUGAAGCGUGGAGAGAAAUCGGGAAAAGAUUUAAGGGGUUAACCGAAGCCGAUUUAAAAGUAAAGUGGAGAUCAGUCAGAUCAUCCUACACACGAAGUUUUAGAAUAAAUAAGCCGUACUACUUGACAAAAUAUUUGGAUUUCUUGAUCCCAUUCACAAAACAUAUGGAUAAAAGUUUGGUUAAAAGAGUUAAAAGAGAACGCGAAUCACAAAAAGAGAACUCAGAAGAUGAUGAUGAUGAUGAUAAUUCUUCUGUAAGCAGUGGCAACAUUACAAUAGAACGAACAAAAGAAGAAAAUGAUGAUGUUGAUUUUUAUGAUGAGGAUGAUGAUGAUGAUGAAUACGAAGACCAGAACGGCAAGAUACAAGUAUCAACGCUACCUGAACUCAAAGUAGGACUUAAUAAAAGAGUGAUUAGAAAAAAAGGGAGUAGAUCUCAAAUAUUGUCGCAAUAUACCAAAUCCAGGCUCUCUCCACACGAAUGUUAUCUGAAAAGCCUAAUGCCAGACAUUAGUGCCAUGAGUCAAAGGCAGUUUUUUGGUUUCAGGAAAGGAAUACUAAAUAUUUUGGGGAAAAUCAAAUAUGGAGACACUCGCAACACUGAAUCAUGAUUUAAUUCCUAUUUUAUAUACGUUUAUGGCCCUACUAGUAAUGGGUAUGUUUAAACAAAGAACAAAAUCCAUACUUUAAAAGAUUAUCGAUUAGAAUAUAAGCAAUGACAUCUGCUUAAAUUGGUUGAAGUUUGAUCUGACGAGACUAGUGUUAUCUUCGCAACUUCGUUCGUAACACUAUCGAUGGUCCGCGCGGGCCGGGGGGCGUGUAGCGAUGAAUGUAAAACCCACAACUGAUGCACCUCACUUCCACGCAUGCACGAUUUCGCACCCGCGCAGGCUUUCCCCCCGUCGCCCGCAUAUCAUGGGAGUGUCAUCGAUGAACUUGCCAGACUAUACACCUGUGCCAAGUGUUCCAGUAGUCAGUACGAUAUCAAGUAGAAACCUGUGGCCUUAUCAUUAAAUUGCAAUAUUACAAUAUUAUACAAUAUAUGUUAUUUAUAAGUUUGUUAUAUACACAUAUGUUAUAUCUUAGUUUUUAAAUAUUUAGCAGGUGAUAUUAAUAAUAGCAGAAGUCCGCGACUUUGUGCGCGUGAAAUUUAGUUUUUCACAAAUCCCGCGGAAUUAAAUGUACCCUUCCUUUAAGUUGCUUAAUAAUCUAUACUUAGUUAUUUUGAAACUUUUA